AUACCCGCCACCGUCACGAUCACUUCCAGUAACACUUCAGCUCAUCAUCAUCUUCGUGCAACUGCAUCUUCCACCCCAUCCGCUCCAUCUUCAACCACUAGCACCACCACGCCAAGCCGCUACGAGAACCAGAAGCGUCGGGACUGGAACACCUUCUGCCAAUACCUCCGGAACCACCGUCCACCUCUCUCUCUUCCCAUGUGCAGCGGGGCCCACGUGCUGGAAUUCCUCCGCUACCUCGAUCAGUUUGGGAAGACCAAAGUCCAUAACCAGACCUGCCCUUUCUUCGGCCUGCCUAACCCGCCGGCUCCCUGUCCUUGUCCGCUGAGACAGGCGUGGGGGAGUCUUGACGCGCUGAUCGGACGGCUGAGAGCGGCGUAUGAGGAGCAUGGAGGGAGGCCCGAAGGGAACCCGUUUGGUGCAAGAGCAGUGAGGCUUUAUCUGAGAGAAGUGAGAGAUUUUCAGGCGAAAGCGAGAGGAGUGAGUUAUGAGAAGAAGAGGAAAAGGCCUAAGCAGAAGGUGACGACACCAUCGUCGGCUAGUCUUCAGCCACCGCCACCCCCGCCGCCGCAGCAGCAGCAGCAGCCACAUUCGUCUAUAAUGCCCAAUUCUGGUGCAACCGAUUGAUCCAAGAAGAAGCAGAAGAGAAUACCAGCAUAAACCAGCUACUUAAGGAAAGACAUUGAAGCAGCUUUAAGAGAACUUUGAUCUACUGUUGCAUUACUCUUCUCGGGCAGCUUUAAGGAACAAUAACUACUGUUAAGUUACAUUUUCUUAAGGUAAACAGCCAUGGAAGGUUAAGACAAAAACAUAUUAUAUAUUAUUGCCUACAAAUAUAUAUAUAUAUAUAUAUACACCUAAACUAUUGCCUCAUCUUGCAAGUUAUUUAAUUUGUAUGGGAAAUUUGUCAAUAAUUACGCUUUUUUAUUCGCCUCCUCCCUUCUUUUAGUUAUUUCAAAAUCACCCGCUGGUGAAGUUAUACAAGUGUAACGACUAUAUAUAUAUAUAUAUAUAUCGCCUCGAAUUUUAUGUGUAUGUAUGUGUACGUGCAUUUGCACAUGCAUAAUUCAGCAAAAGCUUAGCGGGUCAUGUAAUUAAGAUGGUUAAUACUUGUCUGUUCCUUUAACUACUCUUUUUCAAGUGGCA